CAUUACUUUGUGGGUUCAGUGGAUCAAGCUUGCCAGAGUUCAGAACAUAGCGCAGAGCACACACGGACUUGACCCUCUCCCAAGCCGGACCUUCGUUCAUCCAUCGCUACCCUCACUUCUCCCGCCAUGUUUGCUCUCCGUGUCAGUCGUCGUGUGGGCGUGUCCGCCCUCCGCUCGCUCACCACCACGCCUGCUCGCCCUAUGUCCGAGAUGGCCUUCACCUUUGCCGCUCCCAAUGGCGUGCUCUACGAUGGCGCCAACGUCAAACAAGUGGACGUGCCCUCUUUCUCGGGCUCGUUCGGUAUCCUGCCGGCCCACGUGCCGUCGCUGGCCGUGCUCAAGCCUGGUGUAGUCACCGUCUACGAACAGGAGGGCGCUCCCAAGAAGUUCUUCGUGUCCUCGGGUUCGGUCACCAUCAACGAGGAUAACUCGGUUCAGAUUUUGGCCGAGGAGGCUCACCCUUUGGAUUGCCUUGAUGCCAGCGAGGCCCAGCAGGCCCUCAGUCAGGCCCAGUCCCAAAUGAAUUCGGCCGCGGAUGAGGUGGCCAAGGCGGAGGCCCAGAUUGCGGUGGAGGUGGCCGAGGAGUUGAUCAAGGCCGUCCAAUAAAGGGCGAAGGUUUAUUAACUUUGAACGCGGGAUGAAGGGCUGAACCUGCUCGGGCGCUGGAGUGAACCUAGCCGGCUUGGCCCCAAGUCCAUAUUUUAGAUGAUGGAAAAAUAUAUUGCCCAAACCCGAAAGUGAA